AUGCCAAAAAGAUUAAACGAUGACCUGGAAGAAGGUGAAAUAUUUGAUGACGAUGAGGAAUUUAAUAAUCAGCAAUCUAAUGUUACCGAAUAUUCAAGCGCAGUAAUUAGUGAAGGAACAAAUUUGACGAUAAAGUGUUUCCAGUCCUUAUAUCAUGCCAACAGUGAGUCACUGCAUUCAAACAAUUUGGAAAUUCCUUAUCAAACAGCUGUAUUUCCUGAAAUAAAUGGCGAUAAUCUAAAAAAAGAUAAAUCAGAAAUUUUCGAUAAUUAUGAAGAGAAUGAUAAGGAAUGUUUUCUGGAUAAGAGGGUGGUGGAUGAGGAUCAGCCGGAUAACGAAUUGAAGGUUUUAAAUUCCGAAGAUGAACUUGAAUAUCAAUCCAUAUUAAGCGACGAAUCGGUUGAUAGUGAUAAUGAUAAUAAUGAAUUUUCUGACAAAAUUGUGUGUAGUGGAGGAAUUAUUGCAGCAAAUGAAUUUCACUCGAGGAUAGCAGCAUUGACUAUGGAUACAGAACACAUAACAGAUAGGAGGAAUACAAAAACAAAUGAAGAUGAAAUGCAAACAGAUUUAGUGGAAGAGGUACUAGUUGACGACAGUUGGAUUUUCCAAUCAUUAGGGGAAUUUAAAAGAGCAGUUAACGAAAAUGGAUCUUUUCAACCCGAAAUUAUGAUUGAUGUAACAGUAUGUGGAUAUCUUAAUUGUGGUGAUACUGAAGCAGUGAAUGUUGUCGAGGAUGAGAAACAAGUGCAUGAAGGAUCAAAUAGUCAAAUAAAACAGAUUGCUGAAUUAGAAAGGAAAUUUGCCGAGGAAAAAGAAAAUUAUGUGCGCAAUAUGUAUUCUCUAUUGGUAACAGCGCGUGCACAAAUUGCAGCUCUCAAAAAGGAAAAUAAGAAACUUGAAAUGAAAUUGCAAGGAAACUGUACGAUGAAUUGCCCUAAAUGCAAACAUCAGAUAUGUUUAAGAAAUAAUUCACUGAAACCAAAAUAUAUCAAAGUAUUGAAAGGACGUUGUGCAAUCGAAAUGUUGUUCAAUAAUUUGGAAAAAAUGGAGGAAUGGCUUUCAGCGAAUUAUUUAGACAUCAAUCCGGAUGGAUUACCGGUAGUACUGGAAUUGCCGCGGAAGCCAACGCUUACUUCUACAAACAGUCUUCUUGCCCCAAAAACAAACUCAGUUCGUGAUAUUCGUCGAAAGUCGGAUAAAGUCACUCUGACGUCUUCAACACAUUCUGUAGCAAAGAGACAAAACACGCAUUCAGCUAGAACUGUUAACAAUUUCAAUAAGUAUUCUAUGAAGCAAUGUGAGAAGUUAAGUCAUGUGACGCGAGGUGAAAAGACGCAAGAUAGAUCCAAUAUAAACAUUGCUUACAGUUCUUGUGGUAAACUAGAAAAGUGGCCACGUGAUAGAAAACGAUCAGGAUUGGAUAAGUGUGAAGAGCAACAGCGGCAUCGUAUCUUGUCGGUGCAUAUAUCAUCAGAUAUAUCAUUUGACCGUGAUCAACAACGAUGUUUCAGCUCUCCUACGUCAGGCAAUUUCCAUAAGUCAUGUCGGAACACGAAGUUAAACGCUACUAAAUGCAUGACGUCGAUGCCAAAUCGCAAAGGGACAGAUCAGGAAGAUCAGCAUCCAGCAAUAGAUAGUUUUAGGAAUCGAUUUGAAUACCGAAGUCCUUCUGUAGAGUAUCGUAGAAGACCAAUUAGAUCGCCGGUAUGUUACAAACGAAUUGAAGAGAAUUCUUAUCGAAAUUGUCGGAAUCGUUCAAGACCGGAAGGAAUAAGAAGUCUUGAAUAA